CUCAUGGCUGCCAGUGCGGCAGGCAGCUGGGAGCAGUUUAUCAGUUGGUGCCAGGCGAUUUGGCCCUGUGUCGUCUGUUGCACUUGUGCGAUUUCUUGCUGAUCCACUGUUUACAUCUGAACCUUCUGUGUUGGUUUCCGUCUAGCAUGCGUUGAAAUGUAAGGAUGCGCCAGCUAUUCAUGGCAAACGGACGGAUAAACCUCGAGGUGGGGUGUCGGUGCGUGAACGGAGAGAGAAACAGUUCCAACACCAGGAUUGUCGCCUUUGGCAGUCCUUCCUCCGAUGUGGUUGAGCAGCACGGACCACACGGAGAUUCCUUGUGACGUCAUGGUCCUUCACUAAAGGACAAUCGCCGUUGACAGGGCAACCAUCGACGGCGUCCGUCUCCAUGGCAACGUGACGGCGCCCAUCCCUAUGGCAACUUCGGUGCAUCCCUGUUUGCCGGGAGGCACCACCAAGCAACCUCACCAUCAUCAUCACCAUCAUCAUCACCAUCAUCACCACCACCACCAUCAGCAGCAGCAGCAUCAACAACAACAUAGCCACGUGACAGCCCAACAGUUUGCGGCGGCUGCAACGAGUGCUGUCCAUCAGCACCACUUGACCCAAAAUAGUGGUGGUCUCGUGCGGUCAGCCAGUUUCAUCCGUCAGGGCAGCUCGGCGCGGUACAACCUUGCUGGACACCGCAGGAGCGCCGUUGAGCGACUGGAGGAAAGCAAGGCAAACUACGUCAAGUCUGAACGAGUUUUGGAUUCUCGGCAAGAGCUGAAGCACAGUGCCCACCUACAGGUGUCCGGCACUGGACCACAGCUGGACCUGCUUUACACCAAGGCGCCUUCUGUAAAGCAUCAUCAAUAUACUGGACAGCCUGACAACGAAGUCAACAGGUCUCCAUCUGUGUAUGAGUUUGUGGACAUGCAGCUUUCACCACCAGUGCGGACUGGCCUUCAGAGGGUUCCUUCUGUGAAGCUACGGCCAAAGUCACCACCUCCUCCAAUGCGAACGAGAGCAAAGUCUCAGUCGGAAGCCACAAGCUCUGCAGCAGCAUGUCGAAGGAGGUUUUCUCUUUUCAGACAAAGCAGUGGCAGGUCUGCCGAUGAAAUGAUGGACCUUGAGCUCCAACUGAAGCGGCUCAUUGCAGCUGGAGGCUCUCGCGAGAACCUCACCUGCCUUCUACCUCCUCCAUUUCCAACCGGCCCAGCGAUCAUCAUGGAACCAUCAUCCUCUUCUGCUUCUUCUCCGAGCGAAAAGGGCCGACCCCAGCCGAGGGUGAGGCGAGGAAAUUCUGACCCGCUUCAGAAAGCAAACAACUGGUCUGCACUGACCCCUCCCCCUGUGCACAAGAGCAUGCCCAAUCUCUCCCCAUCUCGCUGUCGGAAGGUGUCACUGUCGGAAGACGAUCCACGAUCCGACAGCGAGGUGUCCUCUUCGUCGUCGAGUGAAGGGGAGCGGUUCUUCAAGCCACGGUCGCGCACGACGUCGGACUAUGUGAGCAGGAGCUCAUCAUUCAGGCAUUCUCCAGUCAAGUCUCUGCGUGACUUUGGCCUGCUGCGACCUCUUAGAGGUUCCCCGUCUCCGUCGAGAGAGUGCGAUGCUGAAGUUGAUGGUUCGAGGAGAAGACCAGUUUUGAGGUCCAAGUCUGAUGUGAGCCACGUAACGCAUCGUAUAAGGAGUCAUCCCAACCUAUUAAUGAUGCAGACCAAUGCGAGACGAGGGAACCGCUCGGAACUGGAGCGUUUCUUCGACACCAUGGGGUUGGAUGCAGGAGCGUGGCGUCACGUGGUGGCCCCAUCGUCGCCUUCGACUUCUCCUCGUUACUUCGGAAGCAUUAGCUCAGUCGACUCGGGUGAGAGGAAGUCCAGUCCUGCGAGCGACGAUGGGUCCUGUGGAGGCUUUCCUCAGGACGGCAUUCGGAACAGGGACCUGGCUGAGCACGGGCCAACAGAAACAUCCAUCAUCGAAAAGAACGCUCGGGUUAUUAAGUGGCUCUUCAGCUGCAGGAAAGCCCUUGCAGAAGCAGCUUCGUGACUGAAGGCCCAAAGGCAUACACAUCACUUCAACCAAGAGACAGAAAAAACUGAGCUGUGUUUCCAAGCUGCAACCAUGUGCUCAAGGUCUAGGUGCUGCAGAAACAGCUUGUCAAACCCAAAGUGUACUAUACCAAACAUACUUUUUAUAAUAAUUUAUCGAGAUUUUUUUGCGUUUUCUUCUUUCACUCACAGUUUUGAGCAUCACUGUAUUUGAGCAUAUUUCUACUCUGUUCCUAUUUCGCAUCGCCUGUGAAACGACCAACAUUAUUGUUCAUCUCGUAUGUCAAGUGGUGACCUCUAUAGGCUCUGUAGCUUCUGCCUACAUUUUUCUAAGAAUGCUGCUCACUCAUUACAUGUAUAUUAGAAACUGGAGUUGUGAAUUUGGGAAGCAUUGCUCGGUUGUUUGCAACCAUUCUUAGCAGGCUUUAACAAAAACACUAAAAAAGCAACAUGCAAGCCUUUCUAUCAGUCCCUUUUUCUUCAGUGUUCGGGGAAAGGGAUGUGCAUGUUGUCUUUUGACAUGAGAAAGCCCAGUGUACCCCAAAAAGUUAUAACUAUUUGUGAUAUUGUGGAAACUGAGGAUCGCCGGUAUACUAAGCAUCUCGCAUGUUAUUUUCUAUGCGCCUUACAGCCUCCAAACUUGCUAUCAGGAAAGGACAAAGGAGUCGCUCAUUCACCUUCGUCAUGUUUUUGUAUGCGGUAUCAAAAUCAUUCCCAACAGAUACGAGGACUCAAAAAUACAAUCAGUUUUUAAAGCCAUCAGUAUCUGAUAAAUACCGAAGCGAGGAUUUCAGGCCAGGGCUUUUUUUCCCCCACACUUUGUGGGGGCAUUCAAAAGUUAAGUCAGCGAAAAAGAAAAAAAAAAGUGCGAGAGAUAGACACAGAUACAUCAAGGAAUGACAAAAUUAUUGUCAAAGGAUCUUGCUUGGAGUGCAUGGGCUACCUAAGAGUGACUCUUGGUCCUAGGCUACCCCAUGCCAUUCUACAUAAACCGUGCAGAGAACACUAUUCAUCUUUCUGUUUUGUUAGUAGCCUACCUAACUUUACACAAAUGUUAGCUCGAGCAUUGACAUUACUUUCAGCCUGUUGGUCAACAAAUGCAACGAUGCUAGUGAAGCUCAGUAUGUCAUAUGUCCCACCCAAUGGGUUUCAGCCAGUGUUGCAUUGUCGCAGUGCAAAAAAAAAAAAAAACACAAAGAAGAUCCAACCUUUUAUUGCUAUAGUGUGCUCAAUAUAGGCAAGAGAACAUUGCUGCGGUUACUCGUGUGUAGGGGUACCCCUUUUUGUAGGAUUUGAAGAUAUACAUUUAUAUAAAGGUUUCUAGUCAGUACUGUUUUCCAGUUUAUACCUUUUAACCGGUGCUGCUGCAAUCGUGUUCCUCUCUCUGGUGUUACUCUAUGUAUAUGAUAAUUAUACAAUGUUUCAUGUAGCUCAGCUGCUUUCCAGCUUUUGCUAUGUGUUCAGUGCUUGUUGUGUGCAACUUCGAAUCUAGUACAGCACGAAGCACUACAAGCUGCGAAGCGCGUAGCUCAGAGUGGAAGUAUAAAUGAGGAGGCCAAAUAGUAAGAACAAAUGUAUCUGGGACACAAUACAGAGCAAGAAGAGCUUGCAGUAGGUUCGUUCAUGAAGAAAGGGGGAUGGGAGGCAAAAUGUCACUCUCUCCCACGACCAGAGAAUGUCACUGACAUGCGUCACCAGAUCACGGCGUCAUCUAUUGCACAGGGCCUGUCAGCCGGAUGGUCUGCCUCGCUAGAAACACAGGAACAAAACUGUUCUCCUGAGCGUUGUCUACUCAUCCGUGCCGAUAGAAUGGGACCCCUUCUUGUGGCUCACGCUGAACAGCACACACACACACGUUGUUGGAACAACUUAUUUUGUUAUGUGUUGCCAAGCCAAACAUUUUUCACGUUUGUCAGUCUGCUUAUAUGAGCAAAACAUGGAAGAAGCAGCUGUACACUGCAAUGUGUAGUAUGAUUUUCCGGUAGCUUUCCAUGCAAAAGUGCAACACAUAAAGGCAUAAGACUGGUAGCGUCUUCUGUCACCUUUUUCUCUCUCUCUCUACUAAAGUGACAUUCUCUGGUCGCUUGCUCCUGUGGUACGUUUUCACCUCUUAUCUUUCUUACUCCGAGGUUCCGUUACAUCUCUACUACGUCCAGAACAUUACAUUGCGAGUCAAUGCAUGUGCAUAGACCAUGGAAAACAGUGUGUAGAUGCCGAGGCUUUUGUUUUUAGAAGCAAGCCCAUCUAGGUGUCAAGCAAGCAGUUGUCAACUGUUCCACAUUUGGGAGCAUAAUGUGAUAGAAGUGAUACGAGAAACAAGAAAAUGGCGGACACAUGUGAACGCUAUGCAAAUUGACAGAUGUUGGAGACUGCUGGUAUCAAAAUUACGUGUAACAUUAAUUAUAACCAGACAUUUUUUUUAUUUCACCUUCUUUGUUGCCAUCUGACUUACGGUGAAUGCAGACGUGUCAAGGGUGCCACGUGCACAGCGAUUCGAACGCAUUCAGCGUCUCUAUUAGUGGAGUAUAAUCUUGGCCGAUUAGUCUCUGUUUCAGAUUGUUAAUGAGACAACAAUGUUGAGAUAUGAAAUCCCAAUUAUGAAGAAAAUGCAGCUUCACCUUUUAUUAUGUGCUGUAUAUCUAAACAUAUGUAUAACUGCGGCACUUUUUCUCAUUGGGAGAACAGCUUUGUGCGGAGGUUUUGUGCAAUUUUGCCUAAUGAGGCAUCUGCAAAUCUUUGUUUCUUUCAUUUUAAUCCAGCAAAGUACAUGUUGUGCAACAUGUCGCAUGUAUUUUCUUGUCGUACUUUCCAUGUGUCUCGCUUGUGAUACUGUCAACAAUGUCAACGAUGUGUGAAUAGAUUGUAUAGGUUUAGUGAGACAUGGACAAAUAAACCGUUUUUUUUUCACAGUAUAAGGUGUCCAUUUUUUUUUGCUUAAUGAACUGACAAACCAUUUGUAAUAGUCUUGAUCCUCUUCCUAUUAAUCGUAGGAUACCACGAGGGAACGCAGUUGCACUGCGGUACAACUGUGCAGUACAAUGUGUGUGCAGUACUGUGUGCGCAACACCAAUAUAUUAUUGGCCCUCAACAUUUCCUAGUGCAGUGGAAUUAUUCAUCCUGUGGUUGUACAUGCAAGCGGUUUAGUGUAAUGGACUCUAUAUUUUGUAAAAGGCAUUUGGUUUCUUCGCCCUUAUCCCAGUGAGUGCUGCAUGCAAUUGCUCCAAUACGAACAAAAGACUGGCUAUAGGGACAUCGUAAUCAUGAAGUGAGCUAUGGAAGUUGUCAAAAGAUAAUGCAGAGAAAUAGGUGCUACCACACGGUUCCUCCCAAGACCUAAACCUCUAAAGUUCGGGUGUACGAAUAAAAGCCAUUGUCAGAGUGAA